AUGGUUGGGUAUUUUGUGAUUGCCUCUGCAGGCAAUUUCUACCAAGAUUUUGAUAUAACAUGGGGAGAUGGUCGCGCCAAGAUACUAAACAAUGGCGACCUUCUCACUCUGUCUCUUGACAAAGCCUCUGGCUCGGGGUUCCAGUCCAAGAAUGAAUACCUCUUUGGCAAAAUUGACAUGCAACUCAAACUAGUCCCUGGCAACUCUGCUGGCACCGUCACUGCCUACUAUCUAUCUUCAAAAGGAGCAACGUGGGAUGAGAUUGAUUUUGAAUUCUUGGGGAAUUUGAGCGGUGACCCAUACAUCCUCCACACCAACGUGUUUAGCCAAGGCAAGGGAAAUAGGGAGCAACAGUUUUACCUCUGGUUUGACCCAACUGCAGAUUUUCACACCUAUUCCAUCCUCUGGAACCCUCAACGCAUUGUCUUCUCGGUUGAUGGAACUCCAAUUAGAGAAUUCAAGAACAUGGAGUCAAAGGGUGUUCCAUUCCCAAAAAACCAAGCAAUGAGGAUACACUCAAGCCUUUGGAAUGCAGAUGAUUGGGCCACGAGGGGAGGGCUUGUUAAGACCGAUUGGAGCCAAGCUCCUUUCACUGCUUCGUACAGAAACUUCAAUGCCAAUGCUUGCACCAUGUCCUCUGGAACUUCUUCUUGCGGCUCAAACUCUGCCUCUUCCGGCAAUGCUUGGCUCUCGGAAGAAUUGGACUCCACUAGCCAGGAGAGGCUCAAUUGGGUACAGAAGAAUUACAUGAUCUACAAUUAUUGCACUGACGCCAAAAGAUUUCCACAGGGCCUUCCUACAGAAUGCAACACGGCCUAA